AUGCCACAAUUUUCUGAACAUGUGUCCCAUGAAGAAACACGAAGCUCAUUUUUACCUGCGCAGAACGACUGUUACUUCACCUUUUUCUUACCUCCAAUCACCUUCCCCCAAGUCUCAGACCACCCUGCUUCUUUAACCCAUAAAUAUCCCAAGCCCCUCGCCUUUGAGGAGGCAGAUUUGAGACUUGUUCUUCUCUCUUCUCACUUGACUGCUUGGCGAAAAAUCCUUUUCUUUGACGCAAGCCUUGGUGUCUCAGCGUUUGACUUGGUGCCCAUCGAGCAAAUAAACCUGAUUUGUUCUCCAGGUUGGACAAUAGAGAGGCACUACUACACAGGCAUUAGAGAAACUACUUGGAAUUAUGCUCCUACUGGUAAAUAUAUGCUCAAUGUAAUGCCUAUUUCAGAAGAUCAAGAGUUUCAGUCCCAAACAUAUCUAAAACAAAGCCAAGAUAGGAUAGGACCUGUUUAUAAAAAGGCUUUGUAUUUUGAGUACACGGAUGAUACAUUUCAAACGAUCAUUGAAAAACCAUCCUGGUUGGGAUUUUUAGGUCCAAUCAUGAAAGCAGAGACUGGAGACCUCAUUUGUGUACAUGUGACAAAUUUUGCUUCAAGAAACUAUAGUUUCCAUCCUCACAGAAUCACCUGCACUAAAGAAAACGAAGGCGCUCUCUAUCCUGAUAACACUACAGGCCCGCAAAAGGAAGAUGACCGGCUAGAGCCAGGGGCAGACUAUACUUACCGGUGGUUUGUAGAAGAAACUCAGGGGCCUUGUCCCAAUGACAGUAACUGCAUGACACAGAUGUACCACUCCCACGUAGAAACUCUAAAAGAUGUGUCUUCAGGACUUCUUGGACGAAUUCUGACUUGUAAAAGAGAUGGUAGUCUAACCCAAGACAUGGAAAAAAAUAUCCACGAGUCUUACGUUCUGAUGUUUUCUAUAACGGAAAACCGUAGCUGGUAUAUCGAUGACAAUAUUAAUAUAUAUACUGAAUCUGGCCAAGUUAAUGCUAGAGAUUCUGGCUUCUGGGAGAGCAAUCUCAUGUGCUCAAUAAAUGGAUACAUGUAUGGAAAUCUGCCCAAUCUCACCAUGUGUGCAGAGGACAGGGUCAAGUGGUAUUUUAUUGGCAUGGCAGGUGUGCUGGACCCACACUCCGUCUUUACCCACGGACAAACUCUGAUCUCUCGGAAUCACAGAAAAGACACCGUUACCGUCUUCCCUGCCUCAAUGCAAGAUGCCUUCUUGGUGGCCAGGGGUGCUGGAGAGUGGAUGCUGGGCUGUCAGAUACAUGAGGGUAUGCAGACCUUCUUCAAUGUAAGGAGUUACCAAAACCCUUCGACAGAUGUUAUUGGGACACAAGUUUUACAUUAUUAUAUUGCUGCUGAAGAAAUUUUUUGGAACUAUUCUCCAUCUGGUAUAGAUUUCUUCACUGGAAAUAAUUUAACAGCAGCUGGAAGUGAAUCCCGGCUCUAUUUUGAACAAGGCUCAAACAGAACUGGAGGAAUUUACAAAAAACUAGUUUACUUUGAAUACACAGAUGCUUCCUUCCAAACACAGAAGGCAAAAGCAAAUCACCUCGGACUCCUUGGCCCUGUCAUUAAGGCAGAAGUGGGACAGACCAUCCAGGUCACCUUCUCUAACAAUGCUUCACUGACACUCAACAUUCAGCCCCAUGGACUGUGUUACAACAAGAGCAAUGAGGGCACCUUCCACAAAACACCAGGAAGAAAGGGGCCCUUCAGCCCUAGUCAACUGGCACCCAAGUUGCCACAAAGUGAGCAAGACACAGUUCUUGCUGUCAGAGACCUCGCAGUCUAG